ACUCUGGCAUUUUGUGUAGGUAGAUUUUUUUAGUGUGUGCGUGCGGAAAAAAUUUUGAAAAUUAAUUUUUGCAGGAAAAACUCAUUUUUGGGACGCCAAAAGUUGGCGGGUGGCUCAGGGGGGCCCAAAGUUCGUUCAAUAAAAAUUUGGUGGCGCAACUCCCCGGAUUUUUUUGUGGAAUUUGCACGACUUUUUCUGGCGCGAAUUUUGAGACUUUUGAACUGGCGAUGCCAAACGACGCGGCGUCGCUUCCUGGUCACAAAAAAGGUAAUUUCGCUGGAAAAUUCGGCGGAAAACGCGAGAAAAUUGCAAAAAACUGAAAUUGUGAGGGAGACAGUAACAGUGAUGUGCACCGUCUCAUUUUCUCUUAUACAAAAUGUACCAAAAACUUCCAGUACUGGUGGUGGCUUUUGGAACUACAUUUAUGGCGCCAAUUUCAAAAAGUAAUCAAAAAAGCAUAAAAUUUAUAUGGGGGCGCUCCGAAGGGGGGCUCUGAGGCAAAAAUUAAUAUCGUUGAUGAAAACCGUCUGGUAUCAGUAGUCUAUGUACCAAUUUUCGUCGCGAACGGUGUAGAAAUGCAUAGCUGAUUUUACAGUGUAGCGUGCAUAUGUUUAGUGUUGUCAUACUUUGACAGCGUUGACGAGGAAUUUAGGGAGUUUUUGGAAAAAAAAAACAAGAAAAACGCCUCCCCCAGUUCACUAAACUGUGUUUUCAUCUACUAAAAUUGCCCGUGGGAAAGUCAUGUUAGGUAAAAACGGGGCUUCUUCAUCUAAAGUACGAACUCUGGGUGGAAAGUCUAUUCCUGUGCCAUCACCACCUGAUUCCGGAACCACAUUGCCUCACCUGAAGCCACAAGACAAUAGUAAAAUUCUCCCAAAAAUACACACCGCUCUAUCGAGACCUCAGGAUUCCUACCUGCCCACGGAGGAUUUGGAUGGCAUUCAGUUGGAAUUGGAAAAUCUCCUAUCUACUGUGGCACUGAGAUACAGAUACCUCAAAGCUGAAUACGAAAUUCUCGAUAAAGCCGAAGAACGUCGCGAUAAGAAGGGUAAAUUUAUGGAAAAGGAUCCAUCUUCACCGGGGAAACGAAAGAAGUUUGAUGAGAAGAACAAACGGGAUGGUCCUAGCAAAAUUAUGCUGAGUGGUCAAUCGAAAAUUUCCAAAUUGAAACCUCAUCAAGUGAAUUCACCGGCACAACACACAGACGACAGCCUUGAUGAUAUGCUGCAGUAUCAUGGAAAUCAAAAGGAUAAUCCCAAGCUCUCAUUGCCCCGGAAUGAUACACCUAAUAAGUUUUGGCUAUCAGUAGAACCAUACUGUAUGCCACUAACUCAUGAAGAUAUCCGUUUGUUGGAUGACCUAAUUGAGGAAUAUUCGGACAAUCUCAUACCACCAAUUCCUGAGCUAGGACCCCACUUUACCGAUCAAUGGGCUAAUGAUGAUAUAAAGGAUGAGCAUUACAAUAAAAAUAAAUCAAGACUCUCCACGGUGUCAGGACUUGUGAAGAAAAGCGAGAGACCAAUGGGAGACAACGUUACUGGUCCAUUGACACAAAGAUUAGUCUCAGCACUAAUGGAGGAAAAUCUCAUGCCAGAUAAUGUGACCACAAGUGCUGAGAACAGUAACAGCGGGUCUGAUAAUACUUCAUCGGAUUUUGUCAGCAAUCGCAGCUCUUUGCUAUCGCUGAAGAAUGGUAUUUGCAUUGAAAGGCGCGUACGGAAAGAGCUCAUUGAUCAAGGAAUUCUCGAUCCAGAUGAUUUCCCACGAGAUGAUGAAAUUUUGUCAGAGAUCAAAAGAGUGAGAACCGAAUUGUCUGCAAUUGCAGAGUAUAAUGGCAAUGAAUUGAAAAAGCUUUACAAUCUUGCCAAAGAUGAAAUGCGACGAUUGGAAUUGAAGAGAAAAUUGGAUUCUAUUGAUCAAGAGAUAAUUGAAACGUACAAAAGGAAUGUGGCAGCAAAGCAAAAACGUCGAGAAUUAACAAAACAAGAGCGUGAUGACAUUUUUCGCCUUACGGAAGAACAAAAGAAAGUAUCUGAUCAACUUGAAGCAAUGCUUGCACCUGGAUUAAAUAUUCUUAGCAAAUAAUACUUACAAAUGAAAAAAAAAAUACAAAUACCACAAUUUCUAAACAUUUGGAUUUUGGACUGCAGUUUACAUGUUCAUCAUACACACAUAAAUAUGUUGUAGCGUAGAGCUGUGGGAGAAAUAAAAAUUGGAAUAUUUUGCAA